AUGAAGUUUGGUGAGCAAUUGUCGAGUCAUUUGACCCCAGAAUGGCGAAAGCAAUACAUUUGUUACGAAGGAUUAAAAUCAUUGCUGUACGAAAUAGUUGCAGAAUUGCCAACAGAUUUAGAUGCACGUAGCCAGUAUAUUACUCAGAUGGAUGAAAAAUUUUUCGCAGAAUGUGAUAGAGAAUUGACAAAAAUUAAUCUAUUUUACAGUCAGAAAAUAGCUGAAGCUCAAGGAAAAUUUCAUGAAUUGAAUGCAGAAUUAACUUCUCUAAAAGAAGUCUUGGAAAAUCGAGAGUCGCAAACAUUUGCGGGUCCUACAACAUUACGUCAGCGAUUCAAGCGACAUAGCUUUUCUUUCCAGUACAUCUUCAAAGAGCAUUCAAAAACUGCACAGCAAUUGAAACUUGCAUUUUCCGAGUUUUAUUUAUCAUUAGUAUUAUUACAAAACUAUCAACAGCUCAAUGCUACUGGGUUUCGUAAAAUCUUGAAAAAACAUGAUAAGCUGUUGGAAAAUGAGCGUGGGUUGGAUUGGAGGAUUAGCAAAGUAGAAAAAUCGUCGUUUUUUUUGAAUCAUGAGGUGGAAACGCUAAUCAGUAACGUGGAGAGAGAUGUAAUUAAUGAUCUGGAAGGUGGUAAUCGACAAGCGGGUAUGAAACGGUUAAAGGUACCACCGUUAAGUGAGAAACAACAUGCUACUACCACUUUUACACUCGGUGUGUUCCUCGGCGCUUUCGUUGUGCUUGGUAUUGCAGUGAUUAUUUCAGGUUUCGCGCCAUCAUCACGACCACGGGAACCCAAAUGGGUAGCUGUUAGGCUGUUUCGCGGCCCACUGCUACUCUUUGCAGCGGUGUGGUUGUGUGGCUUGAAUAUGUGGGGAUGGUCUGAAGCUGGCGUGAAUCACGUGCUUAUUUUUGAAGUUGACCCUAGAAACCAUCUAACUUAUCAGUCGGUGAUGCAAAUCGCUUCAUUUAUGUGCAUGCUUUGGUCGCUUUCAGUGUUGGGUUAUCUAUACGCGCAUCUCAUUCAUCUUCCACCUUUUCUUUUCCCUCUACUUCUAAUGAUUAUCUGUGUUGUGUAUCUAUUCAAUCCGUUCAAAAAACCAGAUAGCAUCUUUAGGCGGAACAGUCGUUUUUGGAUCAUCAAGCAUUGCUUCAACUGCUUCAGUGCUCCCUUCCAUUUCGUUACAUUCGCUGAUUUCUGGCUUGGAGAUCAGAUGAAUUCUUUGAUUACAAGCUUUCUUGAUUUUCAGUACUUUAUUUGUUUCUAUACUAUGGAAGUAGAUUACGCCGAAUGGAGUAUCACAGCUCGCACGGUCAAUGUCACAGACAAUCAACCCAUUCCGUGGGGUUAUGUGGAUGUGAACACAGGUCGUGACAUGUGCACCAGUUUUUCGGGAUUUCGUGUGCUCGUAUCAAUAUUUCCAGCCACGGUUAGAUUUAUGCAGUGUCUGCGGCGUUUUCGAGAUACGGGACAUGCGCAUCCGCAUCUUAUCAACGCUGGAAAAUAUUUCACCACCUACCUCGUUGUUUUUUUCAAGUCACUUAAUCAUUGGGCUGAAAAGAAUAAUCCUUCUGUAAUUAGUGUAUUCUUUUAUUUCUGGGUUGCAUCUUACAUUGUCAGUUUUACGUACACAUUUCUUUGGGAUGUUUUCAUGGAUUGGGGUUUAAUUGAUCCCUUAGCACCCAAAGAUUCACCUUUCUUGCGUGAAGAAAUGAUUUACGGCAGUAAAUGGUAUUAUUAUGGAGCUAUUGUAGAAGAUUUCAUAUUGCGUCUAUCUUGGGUUCUGAAUGUGUCGCUUGGUGAAGCGUGGACAUUGGAGUCUGAUUUGUUGACCUGUAUUACUGCACCAUUAGAAGUCUUUCGACGUUUUGUAUGGAAUUACUUUCGUCUAGAAAAUGAGCACGUCAACAAUUGUGGUCAGUUUCGAGCAGUUCGCGAUAUUUCUGUAAAGCCGAUCAAGAAAGGUGACUUAGAAUGUCUGCUUUCGAAGAUCGAUGAUGAAAAUGGUGUCAGUCAUCGUGGACAAGACUUGAGGAUACGGGUUAAAAGGCAAAAGAAGGCAGCUAAAGGUCGGAGGCAGAUUUUACGUCGGCCAAGAUUUGCUCGUAUUGCUAUCGAAAGCGAAGUAUAUCACCUUCUUAGUCAUUUCUCCUUCAAAGCUAGUGGGCAUGUUGUAUAUGUUGUGCACACGUGUGCCAUGAUCUCAAAGUCUGUUUUGAUUCACGUUGCGAAGAGAGUGCCUCAUAGUGUUCUUGUUCUGCAAUGUGCUAAAGCAGGUCAUCUGAGUGUUGGCUUAGAACUGAAUUUAAUAUUAAUUCUGUAUUCACGAUGGAAGGCUCGUGAAGAAUGUCUUUCAAAUAUGGCAAAAUUUUAUCGCAAAGAUAUCUUCAAAGCUGAUCUUAAACACUAUAAAACGGCAAUUAUAUUUGGUACUGAGAAUUUGAUGGAUGAUUUGUCGAGGAAAGUGAAGGAAAUGAAGAUGGGUUCGUAUUUAAUAGCAUGCCGUUUUCCACUGCCUCCUCAUGCUAACACUCAGUGGCUUCUGCUUAGUACCAUUGACAGUGGGUUUAGUGCUGUUUGGUUGUAUGAAAAAAUUUGUCCCUGA